AUGGAUGCCGGUCCCAGUCAACGUCAAUCAGUAAUAGCUUCGAACAGAAGAUUCCGUGAAUUAGAGAAUGUUGAACGUGAAUGUGAAUGUGGAUACGGACGUGGAUGUGCUCGAGUGCAUAAUGAUGAUGCAGACAUUGCUAUGGAUGAUGAUCUUAUACAUGAUGCACCAGUUAUGAAAAAUAUUGCUAUGAAGGAUGACCCUAUUGGUGAUGAUGCUGCUAUUUGGAAUAGUCUUGAAGAAAUGGGGGCCUUGAAGUGUUAUAGUCACUCGAGUAAGAUUUGUUCGUGGGCGUGGUGGGAACACGGCAAAAAAGCUACAUUUGUAAACAUUGUAAAGAUGUCAGGACUUGCAUACUUAGUUCGUUGCACGUACCGCUUCGUCAACAAGAUUAUUGUGUCUAGAGAGAUGGCAACCAAAGACAAAUAUCUUCCAUUUGAUUAUAGAGAAAUGACCAUCAUGUUAGACGAUGUCGCCACUAUCCUAGAGCUUCCCAUUGUAGGCAAAUAUAUUGGUGUGCAUAAGUUGUCAGAAAGGCAGGCCAUUGCAUUAGUAGUUAAUAACUUAGGAAUUGAUGAGCAAGAGGUGAGACAUGAGAUAUCUAGUGUAGGGGAAAAUUCAGUGAUGCUUGAGUGGUUGAGGGAAAACUUUCAUAAUGUUACAUACGAUGAUUCAGUGGAAAGAAUUACAUGUGUAGGUAGAGCAUACUUGUUAUUUUUGUUGGGUUCUACACUUUUUAGUGACAAGACUGAUACUAGAGUCCCCGUUGUUUAUUUGAGUUUGUUGUCCGACUUGACAACUGUACAUUCAUAUGCUUGGGUUGUUGCUGCAUUGGCAUACUUAUACAGACAGUUGGGGUACGCUAGCAAAUCCAGUGUGAAACAAAUAACCGGUUACAUGACACUCCUUAAGGGUUGGAUUUUUGAGUAUUUUCGUGGAUUCUGA